GUGAAGAAAUGUUUAAAAUAAAUGUAUAACACUUCCUUGUAGCUAUUUUCCGAUUGAGGAGUUGGAGUCCACAACAGCAAAAAACCUGUUGCCAUAGCAGACCAUGGCCGAGAGCCAGCGAGCAGGCGUUAGGUGCCGGCAUUGGCAACAGCGCAAAAAUUUUGUUUAUUAAGUCAAUAAGUGAUUUGGCGGAGAUUUGUGCAAGAAAGUAAAAAAAAAAUUAAAUUAAGAACUUAUUGCCGUAAAAUUACUAUUUCAAUUUCGCAGACAAGUAAUUCUUUUAAGAGAAAUCCUUGAAAAUGAGCGCCGGUUCCAGAGCUUCCGGUUCGGAUGAUGAGCCUUUGGUGCCGGAGGAUUUUGAUGAUGAUUUCUAUACGAAUUUAAUGGAUAAAGUACCUGAGAUUACGAAAGCUCUGCGGCAGAAGGACACUCACGAUAAUGCGGACAAUGUUCAACGUAUGGUUAUUUGCUCGAAUCGCUACAAAUCAGACUGGCAUUUGGAGCAACUGCGCUGCCAAGAGCUUACCGAAGAAAUACAGCGCUUGAAAGAACGUUUGGAUCAUGUCAACAAGAUGAGUAAAAUGGAUCAGGCAACCAUAGCGGAGUUGCGUACUGUCAUCGAGGGCGCUUGGUUGCAAAAGGAUGCCGCACAAUCACGUGAACAGCACGCUCAGGAUGAAAUGUUGAAGAUGAGAGAAAAAAUGGAUACACUCGAGCAAAUGGUUGAGCAUUUAAGCGAUAAGCGCUCUGGGUUGCAAAGCAAACGGGAUGAACAAAACGAGCGAGAUAAACUUAACAACGAAAUUCGGGAACUUAACAAGCGUAUCCAAAUACAACGCCUCUAUACCAGCGAAGUGGAAGCAAUGACACAAACACUGGAGGAAAAGAAUAAAGCUUUAGUCAAAAUGCUUGAUGAAACCUCGAAUGAAGCGUACAACAACCGCAAACGUUUGGACUUGCUGGAAAAGGAGCUUGCUCAGACACGCAGCGAAGAAGCCAAAGCCAAAGAGAAGAUUCAACAAAUCAAAUUGCACAAUGAUCAAUUGAUCAAAUUAAAGGUGCGCCAUAAUCUACAAAUCCUCUCACUAAAGAGCAAUCUGGAGCAUCUGCAUACGCAACAUAACACCACAAGCAACAAGCUAGCCAAGACCGUAGUGGAACUCGAAUAUGCGAUACAGGAACGCGAUGAGAACAAGCGGGCGUUAACGCAGCGCAUUAGUCUGUUGAAGACGCGAGAGGAUGAGAUAAUCAAACUGAAACGUGAGAACGCAAAGCUGGUCAAAUCGGAGGAGAACACCGCACGCAAGUACGCAACCCUAAAUGAUGCACGCUCCAAGGCGGAGGAGGAGAAUGCGCGCUUGAAAACCCAGCUGAGUACACAGGACAAGGAGUUGGAAUCGAUGCGACGCAUUGUACAUCAAUUCGAAAAGAACAACGAACAUCUGACUAAGGAGCGCGACACGCUGAAACGCGACUUGUUCGCCGAACAUCAGACAGCCGAACAGACAGACGAACAGUUCCAGGAAUCGGCAAAAGAAAGCAAGAGGACUACAACAAGUGAAAAGGAGAAGACGAAAAAAGUAGAUGAAAUCCAAGUUUUGUUGGACAAAAUCGAUGCGCUGCAAAACGAAAUACAAUUGAAAGAAAACUACGAGGUUGAACUAAAACGCGCCAUAGGCGAUCUCGAGCAAAAGACUAACAAUCUACAACGUCAACACGAUGGGUUGUUAAACGAGAAAAACAGUGUUAUGCGAAAUCUGCAGACUUCCGAGGAGAAACAUGGAAAGUUGGAGCAACAAAUUGCCAAGCUGCAGGAGGAUAUCGAGUGCUACAAAACUAAGGUUUCCCUCAGAGAGAGUGAAAUGGGUCGACUGCAAGUGCAGAUCGAUAAAUUGGAGAAAGAGCGCCGGCUGCUAAAGACUGAGCUACGCUACUCCCAACUGGCGCAUCAGCACACACGUUGUGAAUUGUUGGAGCGUAAGAAGCUGUGCGAUAAGAACACCAAAUCGCUGCAGGAGGACAACCAAAAAUUAUCGCAACUGAAGCGUGAACUGGAUCAUAUCAGAGACGAGAAGAAUACCGUCUCAGUGGCGCUCACAAAAUGCAAUGACGACUACGCGCAGUUAAAAGAUCAACUGCAAACACUGCAAACGGCCUACGAGCAAACCGAGCGGCAAUAUGCGCAAGCGCAAGAAGAUAUGCGUCUGAUGCGCAUGGAAAUCAAGAAUUUACGUACGGAACGCAAUGUGUUGCGCAAGGAUCGCGAAAAUGCGGCAGAUUUGCGUCAGGAACUGCUACAAAUGCAUAGGCUGCUGAAUCAGGAACGCAUCAAGGCACGCGCCAUGCAGGAGGAGAUGAUGACACCGAUGAAUGUGCAUCGUUGGCGCAAUUUGAAAGGACGUGAUCCAGAGAAAAUGGAUCUCAUACAGAGAAUACAAACUUUGCGAAAGCAAAUACUACAACAAAACGUGACAGUACUGCAUCACGAAGAAGCGCUCGAGGAAUCGCAACGGCUUUAUGAGGCACUUAAAGAGUUUAUGCUUAAGCUGCCGAGUCAUAAAGUGCGUGCCGAAUUGAAUAGCGUGAAAGCUACUUUGUCUGGCAAAGAGCGUAAAUUGAAAGCACUAAUGGCUGAACUGCACGUGAAAGAAUUGGACGAGAAAAGUAAUUCCCAAAAGUUAGACGAACUAAAGGUACGUCUUACCGAUGCCAAAUCUCAGCUGAACCACGAGAAAAGACAGAAGCAAAAACUUCUAGAAGAGCGUCAGCUAUUGGUACAAAUGCAGGCACAAUGCUUCUCAGCGCCACCAAAUAUGCAACGCACACUGGGCGCUGGCUUCAAGCUCAUAACUGGAGCGUAAACAGGAAACAAGUGUGU